AAACCCUCAGCGCCCCCCAGCGUAUCGAAAUCCAGAAAACCCUAACAAUGGCUUCCACCGUCCUUCGAUCUCGCAUUGUUUCGAGGUUAAGAACAGUUAAGACCAAUGGUUGUGGUAUCAAUCGCAAGUCUUUUAGCUCUGAAACCGUUUCGAAUCCUCCUAAAGAAGCUAUCAUCUCCGCGCAAUCCAAUCUCUCCGAUGCGCAGCCGGUUACUCCUCCGCCAGAGGCAGCACCUCAGGUUUCGGAGCGGAAAUCGGGUGGUAUUCUCAAAUGUUGGGUGUAUUUCUUUUCUUGUUUUCCUUUUUUCUAUGUGAAAUACCGAGGUUUGCUCUAUUCUGCUGCGAUGACAGUUCCUGCUAAAUCAAUUGAACUAUAUUUGGAUUUGAGGAGGCUAGUUGAAGAUCAAGUUCAGGGCUUCACUGAACCAACCUCAGAUAAGCUUCUUCCUGAUUUGCAUCCUGCAGAGCAACAUGUUUUCACACUUGUCCUGGAUCUAAAUGAGACAUUACUUUUUACUGAUUGGAAGGUUAGAAUAUGGCUGAAUGCAAUUGAUUUCUUUCACAUCUUGAAAUUACAUGAGAGUCUGAAAUUGGUUGCAGCAUUGUGUUAGGAAAGUCAUUUAUGGUCCUGGUAAGUAUUCAUUUUAGUGCAAUUAUUCCUUGUGAGUAUAAUGUGGAUUAGUUCUAUUCCCUGAUUUCUUUUGGAUAUUUGUUCCAUGAUCUUUUUGAGACAAUUGAAUCUGUUUCAUUUCCAUAAAGUCUAUGUGGAGCCAAAGUAGAAAUUUAUGGAAACUGUAAUUAUUGUAAAUGGUUCACUGCAUACUUUUGUCAACGUUUAUGUAUUGCAAACUUUCCAGUCUGGUAUAAUGUUGUCCAAAACCAUCUCAAUUUGUUCAGUGAGAACAGAUUGUUAGUGGGCUGAGGAUUGUAAAAGCUGUGAUAGAAUGAUUCAAAUGGUUUUCUGCACUUUAAUUUUUGGGUAUCUGUGGUAAUGCCGCUAUUCUGAAUUUGUUUGCCCUGUUUGUUUGGUGAAGCGUGACAGAGGCUGGAGGACAUUUAAAAGACCUGGAGUUGAUCCCUUCUUGGAACAUCUUGCUAAGUUCUAUGAAAUUAUCGUGUAUUCUGACCAGCUAAAUAUGUAUGUUGAUCCUGUUUGUGAUAGGUUGGAUCCCAAUCAUUAUAUCCGAUAUAGGCUAUCAAGGGGUGCUACCAAGUAUCAGGAUGGCAAGCAUUAUAGAGAUCUGUCAAAGCUUAACAGGGAUCCAGCUAAGAUUCUAUAUGUGAGUGGUCAUGCAUUUGACUCUAGCCUUCAGCCUGAAAACUGUGUCCCAAUUAAACCAUAUAAGCUUGAGACAGAUGAUACGGCACUGUUGGAUCUUAUUCCAUUCCUUGAGUAUGUUGCCCGCAAUAGUCCAUCUGAUAUAAGAGCAGUGCUAAAAUCUUAUGAGAGAAAAGACAUUGCAAAGGAGUUUCUUGAGCGCUCUAAAGAGUAUCAAAGGCGGAUGCAAGAACAGAGGCAGCAGCAAAGAAGUCUCUGGCGUCGUUGAGGACAGAGUUAGUGUAUAGUUCUGGAAUUUGUGUUCUUUCUGGAGGAUGAAACAGAUGAUCUAUGACAUUGCUGUAGAAAUUCCCAAGCUUGAUUUUACCAAACAAAAGUCUUUGUAAUGUAGAUCAUACAUUUUUGGGAUUGCGUUUUUGACUGCAUCAUUCAAAUGGUUGACAAGAAUUGUAAUUUUGCCUGGAUAUAGGCAUUAUACUCUUCCCAUAAAUAUCUCUAAUCAAUCAAAAAAACAAAA